AUGGUCAACGUUUUCUUCGGCGUUGUUCUGAUCUGGUGUUUUUGCAACAUUUCUCAUGGUCAAACCAACAGCCCAUAUAAACGUAUAAGAAAUCGAAUCGUGGGCGGAACGGACGCGUCAAGGGGUGAGUUUCCGCAUCAAAUAUCCCUUCAAAGCGGUCAUCGCCACAUCUGCGGCGGGGCGAUUAUUAGCGAUAGAUGGGUUUUGACAGCAGCUCACUGUACCUCGGCCGGUGGACUUAACGUCGUUGCUGGGAAGCACAAUAUCAAAGAAAUUGAGGACACCGAGCAACGAGUUGGCGUGGAGGACAUUUUCGUUCAUGAUUCUUAUUCGGGGCCAGUAAGACCUUACGACCUGGCAGUAUUGAAGCUUUCCGAACCUCUGCAGUUCAAUGAAUACGUGAACGCCAUUGACUUACCAUCACCGUACAGUGAACCAUCGGGCACCGCAGUACUUUCAGGAUGGGGUUCAAUCUCACGUACAACUCAAAAAGUAAUGCCAAACACUCUUCAGAUGGGUGCUGUGCCUAUAGUUAGCUUACAGAAGUGUAGUCAAAUGUUUGAAGCUGCCGCUCCAGACUCGCCAUUUACACUUGGAGAUGAGAAUCUGUGCACUGGACCUGGUUACAAUCAGAUUUCCUCCUGCAACGUAAGUAAUGCGAAUAAAUUAUUACAUUCAAUUAUCCGUUUUAAGGGUGAUUCCGGUGGUCCCCUGAUAUCCAGUGGCCAAGUCAUUGGAAUUACAUCUUGGGGUAGUGUUCCUUGCGAAGGUGAAUCGCCAACUGCAUAUACGAAAGUCUCUAACUUUGUUGAUUGGAUUAAAAAUAUUAUGUCUAACAAUUAA